AUGAGCCAAGAUGAAGGGAAUAACAAUUACGGAGGUCACUUUCGCGCGGAAGAAGGAGCUGUACAGAACGGGCCAAGACAAAGUAGUCAGACCCCCAAAUGGGCUUCUCCACCAUGUGGGCAUUCCCCCAAUUGGCCCAUGCAGAAUAGGGGUGCCUCCUAUUGGCGCCCAAGAGGAAACCCUCAUAAUAAUCGCAUAGGCAGACGCCCCUGGGGAGAAACACCCAGCGCGCAAAGUCAACACUGGACCAGCAACAAUCGCUGGAGGACCAACCACACGGAGGGUUACCAACGUGAGCAACCUUCGUACGGACCACUAGCACCAGAUGGAAAUUAUUUAAAAAAUUAUUUUUCCUCCUACGGGAAUGGUUACGCGGACGACGGUAGUGGGACAGGCAGUGGCGGGUAUCACUAUAGUGGCGCCCCCGAGCAGGCUUCCGAAAGGGGGAACGUCCGUCUGUAUAAUGGCCCUAGUAGGGCAAUGCCUCCUCCGCCACAAUCAGUCUAUGCACAACCCAGGGGGGUGUACCGUAAUGGGUUCCUCCAAAUGGGCACCACAAGUGGCGAUAAUGAAGAUAUGGAAGAUCCCUACCAGGGAAGUACCAACAUGGUGGACAAUGCGAACACAGCAGACGGUAACCACUGGAUAAAUCACACAAUGGAUAACUCCUACGAGAGUGGAAAUUAUGCCCAUGGGCAGAACCCCCCGAUGAGAGGUUCGUACAACUUCCACAAAAGCAACAACCGUGUGGGGUUCCCUUCGACGAAGUCGUCUGUAGCCCCACAGCACAUUAACCGUUCAGUGAGGGGGAUCACCCAUUGGAAGAAAUCGACUGAAGAACGACAUGGGCAGCAAUGCUCAUCAGUUAAGAAGCAUGGUGGGAAAAAAAGACAAAAAAUAAAUCUUCCAAUUGUUGGUGAGUCCAAACACGUGGAAACAAAUCCGAAAAAGGGAAACAUAACGGAUGACGGUGAUGGUGAUGAUGAUGAUGGAGUUGGCCUGAAAGAAAUAAAUGCGCAGAUAAAAAAAAGUAAAGAAAAUAGUAAGUUCAUUUUUUGCCACCAUUGUGAUGUAAAUAUCGAAGCAGAUAAGCUGCAGGAACACAACCAAAGUGAGCAUAUAAAGUGCCCCAUAGAUAACUGCGGGCAGAUUUACAGCAUUGACGAUUUGGAUGUCCACCUGCUAAACCAUAUAAAGAAUGACAAGGAUGAAGAAAUCCUGAACGACUCCAAAGAAAUUGAAAAGUGGAUUCAGGAGAGGAAAAAAAACUAUCCAACGAGAGAAAAAAUAGCCAUCCACAAGGAGAAUAAUGAAAAUGGAAAAAAAAAAAAAAAAAAGAAGCCAAAUUGCCUAAUUGAGGAAUUAUUAUUUGAGAGCUACUGCUCAGCUGUCGGGCGAAAUAUAUACUUUAACAAUAAGUGGGAGAAAUCCAUUUUCGUUCCCCUCUUAACCAAGCUGGAACAAAAUAGCUUGCAAAAUAUGUAUGAAAAUAGUUACUAUCCCCUUUUUAACAACCCCAUGGGGAAGCAUUACCAAACGAAUAUGCGAAGGAGACCAUUUAAACAAAGGCAACUUAUAGACACGCUAAACAUUCACAGGAAGUCUCCUUUGCUGUACCAGCUGAUGAAAAAGGAAAUUUACCUGUACGAGAAAAAGCUGAUCAAGUGCAUCGAGUUCAUCACGCGCAGUGGCUUCUUCGACGACACGGAGGAGGGCGCGGCCGGCACAGACAUCCUCGAAUUGGGCUAG